AUGGGGCAUGGUACGUUGGGAGUUCUUUUCAUAGGCGGGAUCAGGUAUUUCCUUGAAAGAGCUGACUAUAUGGUGGUAUGGUAUCAUAAUACGCGAAGGUACGAGAAGGCGAGAUCGGGCGUACCUCCAGCGGAUCUAGAGACUAUCACCAGUCCUGAACUCAAAGACUUCAUAUCCAAAUGUCUCAAUGGCAAAGACGACAGGCCGACCGCCAAGGAGUUACUCUGCCACAGUUUCUUGUUUGAG